CUUAUCUGCCGCCUUAUCGGAUGUCGAAGUGCAAUUUGGGUUUGAUAAAGCCAUUCAGUGUGGGCUUGUCAUCGAGGGAGCAUGGCGGCUGCCGAGGUUGAUGUCGUUCCAUUUGAGGAAAUUUCAUUCGAGGGAGAGCAAAUCGGUGUCGGGAGCUACGGGAAAGUUUUCAAAGCCAGUUGGAGGAAUCAACAAAUAGCCGUAAAGAGAUUUAAAUACGGCGUGGAAGUCCAAGGAAUCGACAGGGAAGUUAACCAACUGUCCAGGGUGUGUCACGAGAACAUCAUAAAGCUGUAUGGAGUUUGCUGGAACGAUGAGUUGCUCCACCUGCUGGUGGAGUACAUGGACGGCGGAUCGUUGCAUAGUUUCCUCCAUGCGGACUGGCAACCCGGUUACACCUUGUCCCACUCCCUCAACUGGGCUCUGCAGAUGGCUCAAGGGAUUGCCUAUCUGCAUGCCAUGAAACCCAAGGCGGUGGUCCAUCGCGACGUGAAACCUCGAAAUGUUCUCCUGGGGAAUCAGGGUCGGAUUGCAAAGCUAUGCGAUUUCGGCACAGUCGUGGACCUCACCAUAUCGAUGACAGUCGAUGUGGGUACUUGCCGAUACAAAGCGCCCGAGGUCUAUAGAGAACACUAUACGGAAAAGUGUGAUGUGUACAGUUGGGCGAUAACCGUGUGGGAGAUACUGGCCCGAAAGGAGCCCUUCCCGGAAAUCGACACACCGUUUGCCAUGGAGGCGGCUGUACGUUCAGGAAAACGACCAGAGUUAUUCGACAUUACGGUUCCCUGUAGCAAUGAUCUGUUGUGCCUGAUAAGCAACUGUUGGGGCAUGGACAUCCGAUAUAGAUUCUCUAUGCACCAGGUGGCCAAAUUUUUGAAUGAAAUGGUUCAGGACGCAGGACCCAUGGACCCCUUGACAUAUGUUGCUAGAAAUGAGAGGGUGUAUCCUAAAUAACUCUUAAAUUUAAAUGAAUAAUGAAGUAUUUAUGUGAACGUUAA